AUGUUUCUUCGAAAUUACACAUCGUCGGUGAAUAAUUGGUCUAAUUCUGCUGAUUGUGCAUCUCUUCUCCAUACAACGGUGCCCGAACCGCUCGCCAAACUGGAUUCAACUUUGAUACAAUUCAAAACGGAGAUCGCGCGCACACCAGCCUCGACAAUUUUUGAGGUAGAGUAUUAUAAAGAGCGCUAUGCGCUGAAGGUGUUCCAUGACAAUGGUGAUCCGGGGUUCACCACGAGGGGUCGCGAUAAGAAUCGCUUUCGUAAUGAAAUCAACGCAUACACAAGUCUCCAUGCCUCUGGUGUUUGUGAUACCGGCCUGGUCCCCAAAUAUUAUGGUUCCAUCGAUCGACUUGAUCCUUCGCGUCACCGAUUGUGGCUCAACAGCUUUCUGAAUGAUAAGUUUCACCCAAGUGCCAUCUUAAUGGAAUACUUGGCCAAUUCUGAAGCGCUGAACUGCGUUGAUUACUCGAAAGAACGCCUCGCCAAGGCUAUGGAAGCCCUUCCUCGAGUCCUCGGCGCCUUGGUCGUCCACAAUGACAUCUAG